UUCCGUUUUCUUCACCCAGGUGUUUUGAUGCAGCCUCCUCUGCCCCGAAACACCUCCUGGAAAAGGCAGAGCCCCUGAGGCAUCCCUCCCCGGAGCAUCCUCUGUUUGCCUCUGCCGGCUAAAAAAGACGGAGCCUCUCACACCUAAACAUCUGCGGUUCUUCCUCGAAGGGCGGACGCGCACCUGCUCACUCAGCGCUCACAUCUGGCUGAGAGCGCACCAGCCGGGCUGAGGAAAGCAUCCAGCCCCUGGACUUUCACCUCUUACAUUGGGGCGGCUGCUUCGAGUUGUCCCGUAUGGGACAGCAUGGACAGUCACGCUGUUUUUUAAGACCCUAGAAAAAAACCCGUGCGACAUUAACCCCGCGAGACACAAGCGAGCGCACAAGAUGCUGAAGGCAAGGUUACUGCAGCCUUCUCUGCAGCUCCAGCCCAGCUGCGCCGGGCCCACGAAGCCCAGCCAGCGCUCCUAUGGCUUCGAGACUCCCAAAGCGGAUGCAGGAGAGGGCUGUGGUUGUCGGGUCCUGCAGCCGGAGAAAGAGAAGCCAUCGGGAAGCAUCGGGCCUUUUCGCCCACCGGACCAGGAGGAAAAGGAGCCCGGGAGAACGAACGGAGACCUGCCGGUGCCCAGGUUGAACAGCAGCAGCUUGGCAUCCUCUGGCAGGUGCUCGAGCCUGGGGAAAGCCGCGGGGUCUGUGGCGGACCUGCCCCCCUCGGAGCCGAGCCAAGAGUGGAAGGUGGUGAAGGUUCAACGCGUCCUCGUUUCUCCCGUGGGCCAGCCAAGGAAAGCAAAUCUCUCCCGGAGCGCCAGCCUCUCGGAGAAGGAGCUGAAGGAGGCCAAAGCCCGGAGCCAGAGGAUCGCAGCCCAGCUCACCACCCCGCCCUGCUCCAACUCCAAAGGCGUGCUGCUCUUCCACCGGCGCAAGCAGCGGGUAAACGAGUUCACCUCCGAAAGCCUCGGCAGCAGCAGGCAGCAAGCGGCUGUGCGAGACGGGCCCCGGGCCCUGCCGUGCGGGACCCCGCACCAUGGGACAGAGCUGAGCUUGAGCCGGCCGGCAGAAGGCAGCCGUGAGCUGGGAGGGUCACGCCGCGCCAAGUAUCCUGGGCUGCCGGCACGCAGAGACACAAUGGAGGCCUACGAGGACAACGCUCCUUUAGAAAAACCACGGUCCUCUCCUGGGAAUGGGGAGGAGAUGCCCUCUCAGGCCAGCACGCUGCCAUCCCUCGAGGGGUCUCCCGGCGAGGAUGUUCCCCUGGUCCCUCUAAGCGUCUACUUAAAGGAGACCACAGAGAUGGCAGCCACCAAUGGGGUGCACGAACCUGACGGUGGCCAGCAUGCACCAGCGACCGUCCACGAGAAGAGCACGCCGGAUGGCCGCAAAGAAAUGGCACAGAGCCCGGCGGUUCUUGCGGAGAUGCACAAUGCACCCGUCGUCGACAAGGAGAAGAACGGAGAGGUUCUCGGCACUGAGCCGCCCAUGCCGGCGCCCGAGAAAGAGGACGCCGUGCCUGCUGCCAGCCAAGAGACAAUGGUCCCGGGGGUCAGCAAGGAGCAGAACGGGGCGCCCAAAAGGCAGUACUGCGAGGUGCACCUCACCCUGGCCAAACCCAAGCCGGUGAAGAACAGGACGGCCAGGCCCUUUGGGACGCAGUCCUCCGCUGUGCCAAGUCAACCGGCCGAGAAACCGCCCGUGGUGGACCUCCCUGAGCCGCCCACCUACACCGAGACCUUGUCCAGCCCUCCUCCAGUGACAAGAGUCUGGUCACCGCCGGCCUAUUCAGCCUUGUAUCCUAGCCCGGAGCAGAAGCCGCUCCUUAUACAAAGCCCGAGGAGCGUGGAAAGCAAAUCGGUACCCGUGCCUAAAAUGGGGGUCCUGGAGGAGUCCAUAACCCGGCGGGGGAAUAAAAAAUCCAUGUUCACCUUUGUGGAGAAGCCCAAGCUGGGCCCCAACCCGGAUCUGCUGAAUUUAGUGCAGAACGCAGACAGCAGGAAGAAGCAGAAGGAUCACGGAGAGCCAGCCCCGGAGGAAGAGCCCUUUGCCCUCGGGGCCGAAGCCUCCAACUUCUUGCAUGAAAAUGCACCCAAAGCCGGGCCUUACUUGGCCCCUGCUGACAAUCCCCCAGCCUGGUCUUCAUGCCUGAGGUCCCCAAGGAUCCAGCCGAAACCUAAGAUAAAGCCUACCCAAACCCUCACGGAAGCCAAGGGAAAAGGGGCUGAGCUGUUUGCCCGGAGGCAGUCGCGGAUGGAGAAGUACGUCAUUGAGUCCCCCACCCACCCUCACGCCGCCAGGUCGCCGUCGCCCACCAUGUCGCUGCCUCCUUCGUGGAAGUACGACCCCAGCAUGCCCGUGUCGCCCAUGGUCUCCAGACACGCGGUCAAGAGUCCCUCCCGCCCUGCCAAGACGCCGCCGGCCUCCUUGUACAGCGGCUGCGUGACAGAGAGCGAGAUUGCCCAGAGGGAGCUGGAGAUCUCCAAGCAGCAGCCGUAUCAGCUCCAGCCAUCCUUGUUCAUCCUUUCGCCCUCUAAAGACCCCCUGAGGUCUUUGCCGCGAGGGGCACCGCCGCCAAAACCCAUGCCGCCUGACCCGCAGGCGUACACAAGACAAACCUCCUGCCCGACCGCUCCCUUGCCCCCCUCCCCUGUUCUGCACCCGCCAGCCCUGUCAACUUCGAGCAGACCCGCGUCCCGUCCUUUUUCUGCCACCACUGGGACUGUCCCCAUGACCCAAGACAUCAGAGCAAGUGCCGGAGCCCCCCGGGAAGUCCCUGUGGCUUCCCCAUCCCGGGUGCUGUUGCCAGCAGCCAGAGGAGUCUUCCAAGCUCCUAGACCGUCGUACUCCACCCGGAGCGCAGGGAUUGAAGCCCAGGACAGACGCAGCUCCCUCCCCGCCUCCCCCACCUGUGUGCCACGGUUGGUGCCCCGCAUGGGCAGCCUCGACGGCUGGCUGAGCCCAAGCCUGCUACCGGAGCCCGAGGACAGCCUGGCCGAGCUCCGCCAUCUCACCAGCCCCCCGCCUCCCCCCAUGUCGCCGGCUUGGAGCGACAGGUCCCUGUCCCCACUGCGGCAGGAGCCCGACCUCAAGGCCAGCCGGCAAAUGCAAGCACGCCUGGCCAGGAACAUCAUCAAUGCUGCCCGCAGGAAGAGCUCGUCGCCCAAAGCGCCGGGCACCGAGGGCAUCCAGCCCUUUGUGCCCCCCGCCAGGAGUGCUGGCAGCCCCUGCCCGAGCCCGCUGCAAUCCCUGAGGCUGGAGGGACCCAGACAGGGCAGCACCGGGACCCCGGGGGCCUGGUCCCCAACCGAACGGAGCCCGCUUCAGUCCCCGAGAGCAGCCCGCGGCGCCAGGGCUGGCGCAUCCAGCAGCCACGGAAACUCCCUGCCAGCUCCCAAAGCCACGUGGACGGAUGGCCACAGGGUCUUCGUGCCUCCCCACAGUGCCGGGGGGCUCCCAGCCAGCACUUCCACUUGCCCUAGCCCUGGGAGCCUCGUUGCCUCCUCUCUGCUCUUCAAGACCCCCCCGGUGGGGACGCGGUCCCCUGCGAAACCCUACGCCUCGCGCUCGCCGACGGACUCUGACGUCUCCCUCGACUCGGAAGACUCCGGGGCCAAGUCCCCUGGCAUCCGCAGCUUCAACAUCUGUCCGCGGGGCUGGAACGGGAGCCUGCGGCUGAAGCGGGCGAGCUUGCCCUCUGAGGCUCCCUGCACUUCCUAGGCUGGGGGAGGGCGGGGGAGGAUGGAGCUGCAGAGCACAGAGACUUGGCCACCGAGCCCAGGCGGUGAAAUGGGGUCGGCGGGGCCCUACCCAGCAAACUGAACCUUUUCAGCACCUCUGUCCCAGCCUGCUGCUCGCUGGAGGCUUCGACCAAGGCAGAGACCUCAUCCCCAGGCAGGACAGACCUGUUGGCUCACAACCGCCAGCCCUAGGACUUUGCUGGCUCCACAGAGCUGCCCCAGCACGAGGUUUGCUCUCCUGGAUGUUGAUCGGAGCCAGCAAUAGUGGCUGAGCCUGAGUGGGACUGGAGAACUCCAGGCUGGGUUUGCUUGUGCCUGGCAGACCCCAGGGAGAAGGCACCAGCCCCCAGGGGCGCUGAGACUGCCCUGCCUAAUGCAGCCUGCCGGUCCCGACCUUUCCGGCUCCCUGCCUGGCUGUGCCCUUGAUGAAGGCUGCUGUGUGCUCCGGCCCCCUGGGCCCGGCUCUUUCCCCGGUGGCUGGGAGCCUGGUGCGUGCCUGGAGCACAGAGCUGAGGGGGCUGAAGUCAAGACGGCCCCACUGCCUCUCCCGGGAGCUGCAGGACUCAUGCUCCGCUCCCGACCUGCUCCGGAGAUGCGGCUUCCCCGUACUGCUGCGGAGAGCUACGUGGUCCCAGAGAUGCUGGUGGCCCCGUGAUGUGGGCAUAGGGCAUGUGGACUGCACCCUCCCCAUCCUGCUGCUGCCAGCUCCCCCAGCUGGCACCCACUCCAGCCCCGGUGAGGCUGGGAGAUCUGUAGCUGCACCGGGCAUGCACUGACCCCUUGAGCCAUAGCUCCCUUCUGGGCACCAGUGACUCUAAUCCACGCGGAGGGAAGAGAGGCCGGGUGGCUGGGAGCGGAGGAUCCUGUGCCCUGCAGGGUGAAAGAGCUGGACCUCUCGGUGACAUGGUCCUGGCCAAGACAGGACUCACUCUCUCCCCGCUGCCCUUGAUCUGCACUCGCUGGACUCCAGGGGCUUUGCAGACCACCGGGAAGGAGCCCAGGGUGCAGGGGAGGCGGAGGAGCUGACCAGCUAUGAGGCCCCUAGAGGAAGUCACCUUGGGGAUUCCCGGGGGGUGUCCUUCCCCCCCACCAGCUCACCUCGCUCUUGUGGCUCGCAGCCCGCAGUGUGAUUGGCAGGGAGCACGGGGCACAUCAGAUGCUCCUUAGCUCUGGCUAUUUUUGUCACCCUAACCUUUAAAGGCAGGAGUCAGCGACCCUCCACCAAGAUCCCGGGUGCCGGCGGCUCUGUCCUCACCUGUGCAGAGUCCGCUGCCUUCCCCAGCCCCCUGUGGGGUAGGGGCCACGUCCUCCUGACCUCCCAGCCCCAGCUGCUGCCCUGGCACAGACUUGGCUGCACAGGCACCAGGGACAGCACAAGGGCUUGCUGGAGACUGAGGCCAUCCUGGGUCCAGACCUAUCCCAGUGGAUGCAUAUGCAUCCCUUGGCACCCAGCCAGGCUGCACCUGGGACCCCCACACCCCCAGGCCUCUGCUAGUGAAGCAAGACAUCGUGGCUUUGUGAGAGGCAGGGGCAUCACAUACAAUGUCUUGGUAUCUGUUGUGACCCGUGCAGGGUGACAGGCAGGGAAAGCAGGUCCCACCGGGUGUCCUCAUCCCCUGGAAAUGCACGUAUAGGGGUGGGACGCAGUGGGUCCCCCAGGAGCUGAGUUGGGGGACUUGCUCGAGUCCUUGAGCACCGCAGGUCCAAUGCUUCCAGCCAAGCACAAUUAUUUAAGGGGAAGAAAUCGCUCUUUCCACCCCGCUGGUCUGGAGAAGGCUUUGCUGCCUUCCGUAUUUUCCCUGUAGUGUCAGAGAGGAAGAAAACAGGAGAAACGCGAGAGGAGGUUCACUUCUUCAUCCCAUGCCGACCAGCAAGGUGGCAGAAUACUGGCCCAGACCCUGCUCCAUGGGCGGUUGGGUUUCUUGGAAAUGUCCUGGGUGAAUAUGGAUCCUCAGGGCAGAGGGAGCUUUGCUGUCCAGGAGCAGGAGCUGGGGUGAGUUGCUGGGACUUGGGAAGGGAAUGGAGCUGGGGGCCUAGAAGCCACACGACCCUGCUGGUGGCAUGGGAAUGAGGAGGCUAGGACAGUGCUUUUUUCCAGGGCCAUGGGCAUAGUCACACAGGAGCCAUGCAGCCACUGAUGCCAAGGCUGGUCUGGCAUUGUCCUCCUGCCAACCAGUGCUGCCCUGGCCCCCGUGCUGGGUCAACAUGAAUGCUGGUAGGGGUAAAACUAGCCCCUGCACCAUAGGGAACUCCCCUGGCAGCCGUGCUUCCUGCAGAAACCCCUCGCCAGCCUCUCCAGGUACAGGCCCGCUUGGCACACGACGCUGCCCUCUGCACAUACAUGUACGCACACAUGUUCUGCUUGGACAUGGCUCGGACACGCUGCCGGCAGGGAUCCAUGCAACUGGGGAUGCUCUGCAGAGGCUGGAGCAUUUCCAGGCUGCCCAGAGUCCCUGUGGGACCGGCCUGCUGGGAGCGCUCCUUCUUGGGGACCUCAGCAAGCCCCCCAGCUUGCAGCAGGCUGCCACCGCCUUGCGUGUCGCCACACUAUUGUAUACUGAGCUCAGAAAUAAACCUGGCAUUAUCCCA